UGGCCGCAUCCAGGAGAAGGUCAGAAGGCGGAGAGAAGCUGGAAGAACGCGGCCACAUCUACAGCACAGCCCGCUAUGGGGGCACACUGAGCCCGGCCAUGGACAAGAAGAGUGCGGACGAUGACUGCGAGGACUCCGGGGCAGAGACCGGCGGGUCAGACUACAGCCGCAUGUCCUCUACGAGCAGUGAGCUGUCAGUUGAUGAUCUGCAAGACCCUUUCCUUGUCAGUAUCCAUAUUAUAGCAGACCCCGGGGAAGCAAAAUGUCUCCAAGGUGCCAUUGAUAAACUCUUGGCGUGGAUCCACCCUGAUUUGCAGUUGUUCCGUGUUGCAGAGAGAAGGAUCUCCAAGAAGAGGAAGCUGAAUAAGGGCUUCUCAUGCCAGCCUGCGCUCGCUGUGAUUUUAUUUCUGCAAGAGGAAUACGGAGAAGAGCAAAUCUUACAUCUUCACGAUUGCUUCAAAAAACCGCCCUGGCAGUUCCAUCACACGGAGCGGGUCCAUGGGCGGUUUCUUCCUUACAUGCCAUGCAAUCAAGACUUUUUCACUCUUGCAUAUGGCACCCCGCUAUGGGCCAUCAGACAGGUGCAUUAUGGGAAAGAAAUUAUCCGCUUCACUAUCUACUGCAGCUAUGAGAACUUUACAGACAUGAUGAAAAUAUAUGAGCUGAUCCUGAAAAAGUCUGUGUGGAAGAAGAAAGCAGACUUUUGUGUAUUUCCCAUCUACUCCAAUAUGGACAUUGAUAUUGAAUUUUCCUUAAAAAGACUUCUCAAGGGACAAACUCCGGUGCCUUUAGAGUCUUCGUUGCUGGAGUUCAGAGUUAAGGACUUUGGACAAUUAAUUCCUCUCUUGCCCAACCAGUGCAGCCCAAUCAGUGAAGGCAGAUGGCAAACUGAAGAUCACGAUGGCAAUAAAAUACUUUUACAGCAGGUUCACCGUUUAACCAGGAAAUCUGUGUGGAAACAUCAAAGCUACUUGUCUAGAAAUGUCAACGGGACACCAUUCAACGUGAUUCCUUCCUGUCAAAAACAGAAAUCUGAGAUGUCCAAGGCCCACCUAAGCAACGGUCGUGUUCCAGGCCUCAAUGGCUUGAACCAAGACUUCUCUAAAACCCAUGUGGGGCCGCCUUGUCCUAAGCCUAGCAGCAGCACGGCGCAAUGGUUCCAGCGCAGCAAGUCACUGGUGUGUUUGCCAACGCUGAGCUCAUUCCCCUCAUGUGAAUCCUUUCCCUUCAGCGAACCCCCUCAGUUUUACAGAAACGAACCCCAAAUGUAUCAGAUGCCGGCGUGGCGAAGCAGCCCGCGGAUCAACAUUGACGACCUGGAGGGGGCUCAAGAGACUGACGUAGACACAGGAAUGAAGCUCUCCAGCUCAGACCUGUCUGUUUUGUCGGCCUACUCACCUCUGGAUGGCCUAUCCAGCGACCUGGAACCUUCUCUGCCUGGAGAAGGUGGGCCAGAGGCAAGACAUAAGCUCUGUGAGCUUUCAUAUGAAUCUUUUAAUUCUGUUUCUGAAAGGUCUUCCUGUUCUUUGAUAUCUUCGGUGUUCCCCAGUAUCUCCAGCUCUACUUCCCUGACAGAAUUCAAGAAGGACAAUGGCAGCCAUUGCCAAAAUGCCAUGGAGAUCAUCAAGCACGGGGCAGAGACUGCAGGCACAGAGGAGGAAGAAUUUUAUAUCUAAUCUGAGACGUGUCUGGUCAUAGUACCA